AUGGCGAGCAAACCAAUCUUUGUAGCGACUCAUCCCCGAGCAUGCUCAACAGCUUUUGAGCGGGUCUUCAUGACACGUCACGAAACCCUCCAAUGUGUUCACGAGCCUUUUGGCGACGCUUACUAUUUCGGCCCUGAACGUCUUGCUGAGCGCUAUGAGAACGACCCAAAAGCCAGGAAAGAGAGUGGUUAUGAAGAGAGCACUUACAGGACGAUUUUCGACCGCAUCGCGAGAGAGAACGAAGAGGGAAAACGCGUUUUCAUAAAAGACAUGGCCCAAUACUGGAUUCCACCAUCCGGCAAACCGGCAACCAUUGCUCCAUCACUUUCCAACUACCGCCGCGGUGUAGGAACAAACACAACAGAGCUCUCGCCGGUCGCUACACGCUCUGACCCUUCCAAGCCACCUUACCCAUACGACACUGAAGGCGAGCCUGGAAACCCAACCGUGAUCCCCAAAGACCUUUUGGCCACAUACCACUUUACUUUCUUGAUCCGUCACCCCAAAUACAGCAUCCCAUCGUACUACCGCUGCACGAUCCCCCCUCUGGACGCCAUGACCGGGUUCUACAACUUCCGGCCCGACGAAGCAGGCUACGAAGAACUCCGCCGCCUCUUCGACUUCUUACGGGCAGAAGGCCAAAUCGGACCAAAGUUCGCAGGCCAAACCGACGAAGCGCACAAAGAGCAGACCAACGGGCACACGGGGGGCGUGGAAAUCUGCGUCAUCGAUGCCGACGACUUGCUGGACAAGCCGAGUGAAAUGGUCGAGGCGUUUUGCAAGACGACGGGCAUCGAGUGGGAUCCUGGUAUGCUGCAGUGGGAUUCGGAGAAGGAUCAGAGCAUUGCUAAGGAGGCGUUUGAGAAGUGGAAGGGGUUUCAUGAGGAUGCGUUGGAUAGUGAUCGUCUGAGGGCGAGGACGCAUAAGAAACAGCCCAAGUCAGACGAGCAAAUGUUUGAGGAGUGGAAGGAAAAGUUUGGCGAGGAGGGCGCAAAGACGAUUCGGGAUACGGUUGCGGCGAAUGUGGAGCAUUAUGAGUACUUGAAGCAGUUUGCUAUCAAGGUCUAA